CUCUCCCCCGCCAGGUCUCUCCGCCAUGCAGGUCGACCGCCCCGAGCCUCAAGUGUACCUCGCCCAGGCGCUCUCGAGCCCGCAACUGCCUGAAGAGCUCAAGCCGUUCUACCAGGCGUUCGAGCGGUUCCACACCAACAAGCUGUGGUACCAGUUGACGCGCUCGAUCGAGGCGUUCUUCGCGGUCCCGGCGUCUGCGUCCUUCCGCAUCGACCUGUACGACAACUUCAUCAAGGACUUUGCCAACAAGCUCGACCAGCUCAAGCUCGCCUCGAUCGCCGUCUCGGUCGCACGAACAUACUCUGAUGGCAACCUCGCCGUGUCGUUCCUCGACACGCUCCUUCCCUCGCUCGACACGCCCGAGACGCGCGAGGCGUACGUUCUCGUGCGCAUGGAGCGCGGUCACUUCAAGCUCCUGUUGGGCGAGACCGUGGAUGCCAAGGAGGCCAUGGACGCGUGCGAGAAGCUGCUGGAUCAGCUCGACUCGGUCGACCUCGCCGUGCACGGCAGCUUCUACCGCGUCUCGGGCGACUAUUGGAAGGCAAAAGCCGAGUUCGCCGACUACUACAAGAACUCGCUCCUUUACCUCGCCUGCAUCGACGUCGAGAAGGACUUGACGGCUGAGGAGCGCGUCUCGCGCGCCAACGACCUCGGUAUCUCGGCCCUCCUCGGCACCAUCUACAACUUUGGCGAGCUCUUGAUGCACCCGAUCCUCGACUCGCUCGUCGGUACCGAGCGCGAGGUGAUCCGGAAUCUGCUGUUUGCGUUCAACUCGGGCGACAUCCCCAAGUUCCAGGCGCUCGUUCCCGAGAUGGCUGAGAAGGAGCCCUUCCUGCAGCAGCACUUUGCGUUCCUGCGCGAGAAGAUCUGCCUCCUCGCGUUGAUCGAGGCCGUCUUCAAGCGCCCUACUUCGGACCGGGUCCUGCCGUUCAGCAUCAUCUCGUCCGAGGCGCAGGUCCCGGUCGACGAGGUCGAGCACCUCGUCAUGAAGGCACUCGCGCUCAAGCUCAUCCGCGGCACGCUCGACCAGGUGUCGUCGUCGGCGACCAUCUCGUGGGUGCAGCCGCGCGUCCUCGACCGGCCGCAGAUUGACGCGCUCCGGGCCCGGCUCGACGAGUGGACCGACAAGGUGAGCGCGCAGGGCGAGUAUGCGCGUGCGCAGGCGCCCGAGCUGUUCGUGCAGGCGUGAGCGGGGCGCACGAGGGCGGGCGAACGAGUGCAAUUCGAGUCGUCGAGCUGUGCUUCGGCGUCGGCGAGAGUGGUC